UCUGUAAGGAUGGAUGUCUUCUUGUUUCUCUCAAUCUGUGGUCAGUGAUGCAGAGCUGCCCCCAGAGUGAGAGACCGAGAGCCUCUUUUCACUGACUGACUCCGACAGCCGUGAAAACAGCAACCCGGGCACGAUCUCCAUUCCUCGACAGACUGCCUGGAACCGGGAUUCCAACCCGGGCAAGUGGGCCGAAGUAGGCGGAAAUUCCUGCGAAACUAAGGAUUUGACUGGCACAGAUUGGAAAUGGCUGGACUGCAGGAAUUACGAAUGACAGAGGAGAAGCCUCUGCUGCGGGAGCAGAUGUCAGUGGAAACUUGCGACAUGUUCUUGCCCCCCAUGGACUCAGACUGGCAGGAACAUGACAUUGAAACCCCCUAUGGGAUGUUGCAUGUGGUGAUACGUGGUGCACCAAAAGGAAACCGACCAGCAAUUCUGACCUAUCAUGAUGUUGGGAUGAACCAUAAACUUUGUUUCAACACAUUCUUCAACUUUGAGGAUAUGCAGGAAAUCACCAAGCAUUUUGUCGUGUGCCACAUCGAUGCUCCAGGUCAGCAGACAAAUGCCUCGCAGUUUCCUUCAGGGUACCAGUUCCCGACCAUGGACCAGUUGGCUGCUAUGUUGCCAAGUGUAGUUCAGCAUUUUGGAUUUAAAAGUGUUGUUGGGAUUGGAGUGGGAGCCGGAGCCUAUAUCCUCGCUAAAUUUGCUCUGAUUUUCCCAGAUUUGAUUGAGGGGAUGGUUCUCAUCAAUAUUGACCCCUGUGGAAAGGGCUGGAUUGACUGGGCAGCAACAAAGCUCUCAGGUCUGACCAGCUCACUUCCUGACACUGUCCUGUCACAUCUCUGCAGCCAGGAGGAACUGAUGAACAAUACGGAGCUGGUGCAGAGCCUCCGACAGCAAAUAGGAGCUAACGUCAACCAGAGUAAUCUGCAGCUCUUCUGGAACAUGUACAACAGUCGCAGAGAUCUGGAAAUGAAUAGACCUGGAACUGUGGCCAAUGCUAAGACUCUGCAGUGUCCAGUGAUGCUGGUUGUGGGGGACAAUUCCCCAGCAGAGGAAGGUGUGGUGGAAUGUAACUCCAAGCUGGACCCAACUCAGACAACUUUCCUUAAGAUGGCUGAUUCUGGUGGUCUGCCACAGAUUACACAGCCUGGGAAACUAACAGAGGCAUUCAAGUACUUUCUGCAGGGCAUGGGCUACAUUGCAUAUUUAGUGGAUAGACGGAUGAGUAGUGGAGCAGUGGCAUCAGCCAGUAUGACUCGGUUGGCUCGUUCUCGUACAGCCUCACUGACCAGUGCCAGCUCAGUAGACGGACACCGUCCACGAAUCUGUACUCAAACCAAUAGUAGUGACAGUGUGGGCCAGGUAACUCAGAACAUCUCACACACUAUGGAGGUGUCUUGCUAAAAGGUGAUGGAAUAUACAAUGUGGCUGUACUCCCCCACAUAGUUCUUGAUAUUACUCUUGGUAUGGAAGCAGUUAAGAUAUAAAAGAGUAGAGAUUGCUUCACUCCUUUGCAGUGUAGCAGUCUGUGAUUUUCUAGUCUAACAAUUAAAAGGCUGUCUACAGCAUUUUUUCCUGCAUGAUUGCAAUCAUUGUGAGUUUUAUUUUGAUAGUUGCCUGAGCCUCUCCAACCUGUUAGCAGGUCUUCAUGAGUCCUGCAUUACUCCAGCCAAUCAUUGCCAUGGUACAUAUUAGGGACUGUGCCAAUGUAAUAGUAUUCAGUUAUUUGUUUAACUUGUGCAAUGGGAAAGCAUCAUAGUUUGAGCUGUUUAAAUGUGGAGACAUUUCCUAGUUAACUAACUGUUUUAGAUGUUCUUUAUGCUUUCUGUACUACAGGGUGCAAUAAGCUGCUCUAUUCACUGCAGAUGUAGUGAAUCAGGCUCCAUUAUUAAAUGUUUUGUAGAUACUUUUAUUCUCUCUUUCCUUCAACUUCAGUUUGUAAAAUUAUAAAAUGAAGAGGUCAAGGUUUGCUGUGAGUUUCGUGUUCUGAUCUUUGUGAUAAUCGUAGUGCUGUUGAGGUACUUUUUUGCAUACAAUUUAUCCUUUGUUGUGGUUGCUGUUAAUCUAAUACUUAACCACGGCUGUGAAACCACUAUCACUAUUAAUGUACUUAAUUACAAUGUUUAAGAAUGUAAUAAAAUCAACAUGGAACAAAAA